UAAUAUUCAUGAGCAACUCCUUCCCAUAGUAGGAUUCGUAAUUUCUCCAGCCGGUCAAAGACAAACGCCGUGUGGACUUCAAAACACAAAUAAUGUCUUACACAACCUUGCAGGGUUGUUCAGUGCUGAGAUACAUCUAGAUCAGGUCAGAGAAUAACCAUGGAUGAGGAGGACAGUCAGGAUGAGCUGAUCAACAGGAACGUGUCCCACGGAAAAGGAAAGAGGCCUGCCAUGUCCAUCAUCUCUGAUGAGGAGGACAACUCAGCAGAUGAGGGGGAGUCCGAGGAAGGAGAAACGGGCAGUGAGGAGGAUGAUGACGGAGAAGAGGAAGUCCUCGAUGGAGAGGAAGACGAGGAAGACGAGGAUGAAAGUGAAGAUGAGGACUCCGGGAAGGCUCCGGAAGGAGCUGUGGGGAGCGUUGCUGUGGAUGCGGCGGGCCUGAGCUCCGACGAGGACUCGGAGAAAUGCCCCAUCUGCCUGAACUCGUUCCACGAGCAGCCCGUGGCCACGCCGGAGUCCUGCGAGCACUACUUCUGCCUCGACUGCAUCCUGGAGUGGUCAAACAAUGCCAACUCUUGUCCUGUGGACCGGAUAACGUUCGAUAACAUUCUCCUGAGAAAGUGCUAUGGCGGGAAAGUGCAAAAAACAAUUGCAGUGAAGAAGCCUGUAAAAGCUGGCGAGGAGCAGGUGGAUGUGGACUUGGAUCAAACCAGCUGUGAGGUUUGCGGGGGUCGAGACCGCGAAGAUCGUCUGCUGCUGUGCGACGGAUGCGACGCUGGGUACCACAUGGAGUGCCUCACACCGCCGUUGGACGCUGUACCUGUAGAGGAAUGGUUCUGCCCAGAGUGCAUCGCCAGCAACCGCACAUCAGGUUCUGAACAAAUCAGUGAGGACGAGAGCAGCUCUCUCCCCACCACCAGCCGUCCCCGGUCCAGACCCACGCGUGCCAUCGCUCGCACCCAGCACAGCGAGCGAGUUCGGGCCACCGUCAACAGAAGGCGCAUCACACAGGCACGCACCGCAGCGCAGCUCGCUCCCAGAUACAUGAUGCAGUCCACGUGGUUGGAUGAGACCAUCAAUGCAGUAGUGGCCGGACUCAACACAGCCGUUUAUGUGCGAGACUUGACCCCUCGCUCUAAAACUCGCCGGAGGAGGAGGACAGUUAAAAGAAGGAAAACCAAAAGCAAAUCCUCAGCCACCUCAGGGGGAAAAACAAACACGGGAGUCAAGAGACGGAAACGCAAAGUGAGAAAGUCAAAAUCGAGAAGAAAACUGAUCCCAAAGAGGGAAACCAAUUCCAGAGGUCGUCUUGCACGGAGUUUAGGCAUUAAUAAGCCCAAGUCUGGUUCCGUGAUUCCUUCAGUUUAUCGGCCUUCAGAGUACAGUUUAGGAAGUAUGCGUGCAGAAAUCGGAGCUGCAUCCCUCUCUGUGUAUGGAGAUCCCUUUGACCUGGACCCCUUUGAUGACAGGGAGGAUGAGAUUGAAGUUCCCACGCCAGCCUCUGUUCUGGAUGCUAAACGCCGUGGCCUGUCCCGUUCUGCCUUGCGAUCCCAUCAGCCUGUGGCCAGACCCAUAUCUACAGGACUCUCCAGGCGAGGUGCGAGUGUCCCACAGGUGGCAGAGGAAGCCCCUGUAUCUGAUCUGCUGGGCAGCAUCCUCAAUGGUCAAAGCAUGCUCCUCAUGGACAGUUCAGAUGUGGUCAUCAACAGAGACGGUUCCCUCAAAGCAACCAAGCCUGUGUCCCUGUCCUUGCCAAUAAACACUACCCCAAGAGGUUCAACUUCAGGGGAAUCAGGAGACAUCCCAAACUCAGAAACAAUUCUCAUUCAACCCUCUGGAGGGGCUGGUCCAUCCUCCAGCCCAUUGAGGACGCCGCCACCAGCACACAGUUCUCCUGGGUCCAGUUUCACACCUCAGAAUCCCACAUCUCAACCCAUACACUCCCCUCAUAUUCCUCACUCUCACCCGUCUCCCUUGGGACAUCCCCAGUUGAAUCCGGGAGCUCCUCAUAGGCCUGUCACCCUAAACCCACCUAGAUCUGUGAAUAGCAACUUAAGCACCAAUGGGAAAAGUCAUCCCUUCUCAAGGAUUCCAAAUCGCCUUUCUGACUCUCCCCAUCAAGACAAAGAUGGUCCUGUACGACAUUUACCUAUCAAAAAGCCCCCUCCUAAACCUGUAUGGAUAGAUGUUUCUGUAUUGCCAAGAAUACCAAAAAUUAAAAGGGACAGUACCUCUAGUGCAAAUAGUAGCAGUGGCAGCAGUAGCAGUACUUUACCUGGGCCUUCAGCGAACAGCUUAGCAGGCAAUACAGGUAGGGAACGUACCGUUGACCAACAAGGUACAGGUGUGAGUCAGCAAAACAGGACAAUGGAUGCUCAGAGGCAAAGAGCAGACAGAACUGGUGCUUCAUCGUCAUUUUCUAGCUCUUUCACCUCUACUACAUCAUCUUUUAGUGCCUCUUCAAACUCACGCCCCUCUUCUUCUUCCGUCAGUUUCCGUAUAAAUGCUAGCGGAAACCCCUGGCAAGCUCGGCGACUUCCUGCAUCAGGAGGGACUCUGCCUGAAGAUGAUGAGAAAUCAACAAUAAAGAGGAAUAAUAAAAGUAAGCAGAUGCUGUUGUCUUUAAGAGCAAAAGUCAAAGAGGAGAAGAGUGAGGUCUAUGAUCCCUUUAACCCUACAGGGUCUGAUUCCUCUGAUACUGAACCAGAAAAUGAGGGUCCUAAUGUCAGCAUCCAACAUAAUGCACCUUGGGUGCCAGUUGGAGCCAGUGAGGUUGCCUGUCAUCCAAUCAAAUCUGAGCCUCUGGAUGUACAGUCGGACACAGAGAGAGGCUUGGAAAUGUGUGCAGGAGUUAAAACAGAGCCAGGAUCUUUGUGGGACAGACCAUACAAAGAAUCUCCACAUCAUUCAGACACAAUGCAUAGUCCUGCUCCCUUGGGAGGUCCUGCUUUGGGUUCUACUAGAUGCGAAGCAGGCGUGGAAACUGGAACUCCAGGAAACCCUGAAGAACACUCCAGAUCAAGCUCGUCAUGCAGUGAAAAAAAUGUUAAGGUGGAAGUGAAGUCUGAACCUGAGACUGGGCCUCCACCUAUCAGGCCCCAAUCAAAGUCACUAAAAGAGUCUCUAUCCAAUCUACAAGAAGACCCUAAAGGAAAUGAGGUGUGUAAAGAGCUGCCUUCAGUCAGUGGUGCUUUUAAUUCUUCUAAGUCAGCUAAGGAUAAUGUGGAAAGACCACAGAAGGCCCAGUCCAAGGACAGGAAGCAGUCACCAUCGAACUCCCAAAACCUUUCAUCUAAAGACUCCCAUAAAAAGAAACAUUCAAAGUUAAAAGAAAAGAGGAGAUCACGCUCAAGGUCAAGGGAUCGACGGAGAUCCCUCUCGAAAUCAAAAGAGAGGCAGCAUUCUCGCUCAAGAUCGAAAGAGAGGCGACAUCCACGAUCAAGAGACCAGAGGUGUUCUUCGAGUUCCAGCAGUAGAGAAAGGAGGACAAGCAAGAGGAGAUUGAGUCGUGAAAGGAAUGACAGCCGAGGGAGAGAAAGACAUAGGAAGAGAUCAAAAGAAAGAAGGCGCUCCCGAUCUCGUUCAUUUUCUAGAUCAAGAUCCAGAGAAAGGAGAAGAACAAAGGAUCAGGGUGAGACUAGGCUAAAGAGGGAGAAGUCAAGAUCAACAUCUAGGGAGCGUAAACGGCAGGACGACCGCUCCGAUAUCUCUCAGCGCAGGGAAGGGAGCUCCCAUAAGUCUACAGAGCUUAUGUCCACUGAAUUACGUGAGCCUGCUCUUAGUGCAAACAAGAUUACAACACCUGUGAAGACAGAGAAAGAUGUGAGAUCACUUGAGUGUGAGAAAACUGUUGCAUUACCAUCAGUUAAAGUUGAGGUCACAGCUCAUGGACAUGGGUCAUCAGGACAUGAUGACCUGACCAGAACACAAGAAAGCAAGGAUGACAUUUUGCUUGAAUUGCUUAAGACUAAUGAAAUCAAACAGGAGAAACCUUGGCCCACUGGUCCUGUCAAAGAGUUGAAAGACAUCAAAAAGGAGGAAGAAGUCUGUCUCAACCUUUGUGAAGAAUUAGACCGCAUAAAAGACAUGGAGAAUGAAAAUGUGGCACCUUUAGACAUCUUCAGCAUGGAAUCACCAAAUGGUAAUGAAAUUAAAUCAGACAAUGCUGAUUUAGAGAAUAGCCAUGCUAGCUUGCAGUAUGAGAUGAAAGGGCAAGAAACGGUUGUUGAGCCAAAAGCUAUAAAAAUUGAACAAAUAUGGCCUGAUGAAGAUGAUUCACCCAACUGCAGUGACAACCCUCUUGUCAUCAAUUUGGAUACGCCUGAUGUAGAUGCAGUGAACUGUAAAAAGGAACCCACUGAUUCUUAUCAAUCGCCACAUUUGGAGGAGGAAAUGGAGAUGUCACCUCUUCCAGACCCAAUAAAACAAGAACCUGUUGUUUCCUCCGAUGAAGAUAUCAGUGUUGAUUACUUGAUUGACAAUUUAGACUUCAUUAAGAAAGAAAUGAGUGAGAGCUCUGUGGCCGAUUCAACAGAAGCUGUCGACUCCAAAUCUGCCCUCCCAGAGGCUCCAGCAGAAAACAAACAAACUACUGAAACGGUUACGCCUGGUGCAAAGUCUAAAUCGCAGGGUAAAAGAGUUACCUGGAAUUUGCAGGAACCAGCAGAACCCCAGUCUGAGAAAUUAAGCAAACUUGCACUCUUCAAAUUAAAACUCAAGCAAGAAGGAUCAAGAAGGUCUGCUACAACCACACAAAAUCAGGAUAAAUCUUCAUCUCAUGCUGAACCAAAACUGAUGUCAUCGGCCUCCAGCCUGCCUCCUCAAGAUGAAUCCAUCAAACCAAAAUCCCGCAAAGAAGGUUUACACGAACCCAAUCAGAAAGAGAAGUACAUGAAGAAACUUCAUAUGCAAGAGCGAGCGAUAGAGGAGGUCAAACUGGCCAUAAAACCCUUCUACCAGAAAAGAGACAUCACGAAGGAAGAGUACAAGGAGAUUUUGAGAAAAGCCGUUCAGAAGGUGUGUCAUAGCAAGAGCGGGGAGAUUAACCCGGUGAAAGUCGCCAACCUGGUCAAAGCCUAUGUGGAGAAGUAUAAACACGCGAGAAAACACAAGAAAGAGGAAACCGGGCAAAUCCAACCAGCAGACGUCCCGAAAGGCUCCCAAACUCCAAUGUGAGGCCGAUGAUAGUGACUACAUGCUUUUGGGAUAAAAUAUUAUAUAUAAUGAUCAACGGUAAAAACAAAUUUUAAUCUGUGCAGAUCUAUAAUAACAUAGGGAACUCUUAAGGGCUCAACUUCUUGUCUUGCUCAGCGUCAAUCACCAGUUAGCGAAUUAACCUUUUUGGAUGUUCGUAUGUUUUCUUUUGAAUGUAAAAGCAUCUGGAAGUGUCCGGAUACAGAAUGGGUUAAAAAAUCCAAAAUUUUUGCCAUCGUUCAAAACAGCACCCUUUGUUUAAGAGGGUAUUGAAUGCUAUGCUAUUUUACGCUGAUGAUUCAACAGGAAGUUUAAGUUGUUCGACCGGCUUUUUGCGUGCUUCACAUACACGCACAAUACUCUUGAAUCCGUGUUUCCACCAUGAAUAGUUGACACUGGAGAGCUAUUUGUUUUGUGAUUUAAUGAGAAUACAAGCAUUACGUUGAGGAACAAGGUGCAGAAGAGAUUUUAUGAUCUCUUUUUUUGUAUUUAUUUGACCUAGAAUAUUGAUAUCCAGUCUUUAUGAGACUCUGAAAUCAAUUUGGUUAUUCAAAACAAGCAGUAGGCCUCACCCUCAUCUUUUCUGUUAAGUCCAAACAUUUUCAUUUUAAAAUCUGCCAGCUGAACGUUUGCCAAUUGUUUUUCCCUGAUUUGCUUUUGUUUGUGGAUGACGUGCUUUCAAAAUAUAACAAACCGUUUCUUUACGCACUUCUAAAGUUUCAAUGAAAAGUCGAAAACUACGAGGUUUUUUUUUCUGAACGCUUUCGACUAAUUGUAAUUUUAAUUGCUUGAGAAAUGUUUGUACGACUCCUGAAUUGAUCAUGUAACUUGAGUUGCGUUCUCACGAUGGGGUAUGGAGAACGCUUGGCCUGUUUUCUCUGUGGCAAAUUCCAACAAAUUGAUCCGAGAUGUGAUUCAUUUCCUGACUUCGGAGAGAUUUAUCUCUUAACCCGAGUGAACUUUAUCGUAUGAAUCCGGCCAGUCACAAAAUACGCAAUUUGUGAUGUGAUCUGAAGCUAUUUGUGUCUUUGUAAAUAAUUUUAUUAAACACUUUAUUUAAUAAAAAGUAAAAAAUAUAUAUAUUUCUGUUUUCUAACAGGUAUGGUUGUUAAAUGUAUGAUUAAUAUGCAAUAGAUUUCAUAAUCAUGUUACUUUAGCAGGAAUUUUGAAACUGUUUAUUCAAGGUGUGUAACUGUAUUUUAUUUGAAUCUUUAAAUUUAAAUACACAAGUAUUACAUUGUAGAUUAAAAACGAAAUCUUUCCUUUCAUAUGUUUAUUAACAAUUAAAUGCAUAACAUUUAUAUACGUAGUCCGUCUUUACAUAUCGACGUCAUCAUUUAAUAAAACAACACCCGUACAAACAGUAGUUUUUACUAUUAAUAGUGCAAUUUUUUUUAAACCGAACUUUAUAUCACAGACAUAAAGCGACAGACAAGCGAUACAAGCGCAGCCCUUUGGGCGAAAGGUGAAAGAUUCUUCACUUGAAGACAGGAUAUUAAAAUGAGGGACUAGCUCUCAUUAGAAACUAAAAAGACAGUGUUUCAGGUAAUUAGAACAAUACAGUUUCAUUGAGAUUGCUAUUAAAACGACCAGAGUAAUUACAAGACCUCUGAAUCCCCCGCAGAAAUCACCUCGGGAAAGUUCUGUCAGUUUGCAUUGUGCCAAAGUACAACAGUAACGAAACGAUGUUCUCUCUUCCUCUCUCUAUAUAUGUCGGA